AUGCAGGCUGUGCCAGGGCUGGGAGAUGGGCUCUUUGUGACAGACUACUUCACCCGCACGCCACGCAAGCUCAGCCCCUUCCGCUCCUUUGCCAGCAUCGAGCUCUUCCACUUCCAUAUCCCUGAGGACACAGUCAUCGCCAUCUGGAACCUCAUCACUUUCAAGGAGCAGGGUGGCACAUUUGGGGAUCAAUGUCCAGAUCGUAGCAUCACCGUGUAUUUCCGCUCAGGGGCUCCCUCCGUCAUUAACCCACUGCACACACACUUCCCCAGGGACACAGCUGUCCCUGGCUCCUUCGCACUGACCCUCACCUGGACCCUGCCCAACCGCACCACGGGGGUGUUCAAUGUCACCAGCCCACUGCCUGGGGACUGGUUCCUGGCUGCCCACCUGCCUAAAGAUGAGGGCAAGAUCUCCGUCAAGGGGCUCUACGAGGAGUGCCAGUAUCUCUUCCAGCCACAGCUCAUUGUGCAGCGCCUGGUGAAUAUUGCUGUGCUGUACCCCGGUUAUGUCACCGAGCAGAGCAUGGCCCCCCACAACCGCUCCUGCCUCUACAAGGUGUUCGUGCCCAGCUACACGUCACGAGUGCUGGUGGAGGUGCUGCGGUGCCGCGGGGCUGAGGGCUGCCCGCUCUGGCUGCGCGUGCGAGCGAAGGCUCCCCCUUUGCACAACUCCACAGCGCUGGACUGCCGUGAGCACACUCCCUGCCAGCUGGCACUGGACCUGCCCUUCUGGCAGCACUGGUACUACGUGCUGGUGGAGAAACACCCUGGGGUGCCGGGCACCAUCUCCUUCCAGCUGCGCAACGAGCUGGACACCUUCUCCGUCCACUUCUACAUCUUCUUUGGGCCCAACGUGUCGGUGCCGCCUGACCGCCCUGCUGUCUUUGUCAUCAACCUCCUACCAGUGCUGGACAGUGGUGGGGUGCUCAACCUGGAGCUGCGGCUGAAUGUGAGCUCCCUGUGUGGCGAGAACGUGACAGUGUUCGGGUGUCUGAACCAUGAAGUCCCGCUGACGUCCGGCGACAACUCAUCUGUCACCUGCGAGACAGAAUCUCUGGCAGGCUUCCUGCUCUCUGUCAACGCCACGGCCAGCCUCAGCCGCCUGCGGAUCCCAUACCCCCAGACGGGCAGCUGGUACCUAAGCCUGCGCUCACUCUGUGCCACGGAGCACGGGUUCGAGCCUUGCACCAACGUGACGGCUGAGGUGUACCUGCGUGCCUAUCUCUCACCCUGCAUCAACGACUGUGGCAUCUACGGCCAGUGCAAGCUGCUGCGCACCAACAACUACCUGUAUGCCGCCUGCGAGUGCAAAGCAGGCUGGAACGGCUGGGGCUGCACAGACAACGCCGAGGCUUUCUCCUACGGCUUCCAGCUUCUCUCCACGCUGCUGUUGUGCCUCAGCAACGUCAUGUUUGUGCCUCCCGUGGCCAUCGCUGUCCGUAGCCACGCCGCCGUCUACAUCUUCACCAUGUUCUUCUCCACCUUUUACCAUGCCUGCGACCAGCCUGGCAUCGUGGUGUUCUGCAUCAUGGAGUACGAUGUGCUGCAGUUC